GUUGAAAAAUAUUAUGAGAAACAUAAAGUUGGAAUAGUUAGUCUAUAUACGUCGUCUUCAAAACCAGAAUACUCUCUGUCUCAUUCACAUUUCGUCGAAAACAACAAGUAAACGAAACGACAACAUCACUUACGAAAAGAAGAAAAAGUGAAAUAAUUUCCACAUAUAAAAUUAAAUCGCAGUCAAUAUUCAUUUUUCAAUUUUUAUUUCGUGAAUUAAUUAACUAAUAGAUAAAAAAUGAGCAAAAACGGACAACCACCGCCCGCCUAUGGCUUUGUCGCACCACCAUCAGCUCCACCCAGCUAUGCACAAGCCGUUGGAGGGGUACCACCAUCUAGCCCAUUUGUUCCACAACAGGCAACAACAACUCACAUCGUUACAACAGUUUUGCCAAUUGGAAACCACCCAACUCACAUGAUUUGUCCCUCUUGCCAUGCUGAAAUCCAAACGCGAACAAGACGUGAACCAGGUUUGAUCGCAUAUGUCUCCGGUUUUAUCAUUGCUUUAAUGGGCUGCUGGUUGGGAUGCUGUCUCAUUCCAUGUUGUAUUGAUGAAUGCAUGGACGUCCAUCAUACAUGCCCCAACUGUCACGCUUAUAUGGGAAGGUACCGACGAUAAAAACAGAAACUCAUUUUAACAGGAAGAAACACCUCUUUUUCUCUAUAAUGCGCUUCAAACGAAAGUGACCAAGAAUAAUAGAAGAAGAACAAAAACAACAACAACAACAUGUCUUGCAAACAGUUGCAUGUCUUUCGUUUAAGAUUCCAAAUACACUGAUUUUUUUUUUACACAAAAUUCUAAUCGUAAUGCUUCUAAUAAAAAAUAAAGAUGAACAAAUCUUAUACAUUCAGUAUUUAUAACAAACAAUAGAAAAAUAAAAUAUCUACUAUAUGAAAUGAAUCAGUAAAAUUACACUUCAUCUAAAUAAUAUUAUACAUAUAAAUAUUGAUAUCUGGAAUGUCAUACGAAAGAAAGAAAGACAAAUUGCAUGAAUCGAUCGAAAUUCAAAUUGUAAAAAUUAUUGUAACGUAUUUGCUCACCAGCAUCAAAAACAUUUUAAAAGAAAGAAUUCUUCCUAAUUGUUCAAAGAAAAAGAGUAACUAAAAUAGCCAUACGAGGAACUCAAAAAUAACUUUAAAAAAGUCAGACAUUUUAUUUAAAUAUUUUCAGCCGGCUGAAUCGGCUCAAGUAGCUAAAACAAUCACUUUUAUUAUUGUCGCUGCAUUUCAGCGCCUGGCAUUGGCGGCAUGAGCCGAUUCAGCUGACUGAAAAUAUCUCAAUGAAAUCUGUCUGAAAAAGAAUAUCAUAAAAUUUAUAUAGAAUUAUCGCACGCGAAUAAAAUAAUGAUAACUUGUGAAUGUUUGUUCUUUUAACCUAUGCUCUCCUUUAACCGAAUGAAAAUAAGAAUAGGGUUUUCUAUAGUCUUUUUUAACAUAAAUUAUUUAAUAAUCUCAA